GCAUACGUAAGUCGUGUAAUAACGUCUCUGUUACCUCGAUGGAAGAUCUGAGCCAUGAAGAAAUCGUCACAUCUUACGUUCUGGUUCAUGUUGCCCAGUUUGACUGUCGACUUCAUCACAUGGCAUUUACUAGCGGAAAUACAACACGUAACAAGCUAUUGCAAGAAAUUAAGGCAAGUGCAAAUCUCAAGUGAAACUUCGAUCGCAAUAAUGGAUCUGUCAUGACGAGUGGGUAGUUCCGACAAGAAUUAUUUUAAGCGGCUGACUUCUGCUAGAGCUACAUGGCACUAGUGCAGUAAACCAGGACAUGAGACUGUGAAUUGUCGCUGAAAUUUUAGAAUCUACUAGAUUCAAUACCAAUAACACUACACGUUCGAUGACUUCGGGCUCCAGCAAGCAAGCAAACAAGAAAGCAAGCAAGUUUCCGUGGGGAAGAAAAAUUGACACAUCUGAAGUCGUCGUGACCUGUAAGAUAAGACGUCCGGUGCGUUCGUGUCUGGCGAUGCGGCGGUGUUCGGGUUCCGCUGGCGGAUGCAGGUUUUUCCGGUGAAGUGCGUGCUUGUGCGUGCUUGACAAGUGUUCGUGGUUGGCUUCCUCAGUGGGGGAGUAACAUCGUGUAGGAGAGGUGGAACCCGUAAAAUUGUAGUUUGCGUGGUGGCUGGUAAGAUUUGUUGCGGUAAGAAGUUUGCAUGGUGGUAAAAUGUCUUGUGAGUCUGCACAGGUAGCCGGAGGUGAGACUUCCGCGGUCGCGGCCCACCCAGUCCGCGAGAACCGGGCAGAUCGCCUCGACGGUACGGAGGCCGGCCGACGGGUCCGCCAAACGACGAGACCACGCCUCCAGCACGGACUGCCGAGAUUGGAGCCCCCGCGCUGCGGCUGCACUUGCGCUAGGGCGCGCCGCCUCGUAGGAGACUGUGAGGUUAACCAUCACACGAGGACAUGUACAGUCAGGAAGGCCGUGUCGCAAUCGACACGUGAUUGCUGCAGCCAAUACGAGAUAUGGGACGCAAACGCCGUCUGUCGGCGCUCGAUGGGUCAACUAUUCACCGGCCGAGCGGAGCGACGUGCCGGUAGCUGCAUAUCGGGCAUUUUUGGUAAAUGAGAACAAUCUGGUGAGUCGUAUUAUUUUUAUUUGGAUCCUGGUGCCGAAUGCUCUCUUGUCAAGAAAUCUAUUAGU